UCUCUAUAUAUCUCUUUCUCUCUCUCUCUCUCUCCCUCUCCAUCUUGCAGGAAACUAUGAAGUCAAGAUUUCUCAGAGGGUGUCUGAACAAGUGCAAGAAAAUGUGCCUGAACAAGUGCAUAUCUUGUGAGGAAUGCUGUGAACGGGCUUGGUGGUGUUGUUUGCAUGAAGGUUGUUCAGAUAUUCCAAGUGAUGUUCCAAAGGGUCACUUGGUUGUGUAUGUGGGAGAGAAGCACAAGAGAUAUGUGAUCAAGAUUGGUUUGCUCCAUCAUCCCCUCUUCAGGGCGUUGUUGGAUCAAGCUCAGGAAGAGUACGAUUUCAUUGCUGACUCAAAACUCUGCAUUCCCUGCGAUGAACACCUCUUUCUCAGUGUCCUUCGAUGUGCUACCUCCCCACAGAAUCAACCAGUCUGUCUGUGUCUCUGAGAAACAGAAAUCGCUUCUGAAACAUUCUUUAGUUUCCAUGUUGUUCAAAUUCUUAGUUCUAACCAUGUUCAUAUAAUAUCAGUAGCCACCUUAUAUAUCAUAAUGUGUUGUAAGUAGGUUGGGGCACGAUUAAGUGUCAUCAUUUAGCUCACUGAUGUCAUUAUUCUUCGUCAAUUCAAGAAGAGAGAGUGUUCUUCUAGUCCUUAUUCGCAUA